AUGCCGGCCCCUUCUAACCAUGAUGAUGGCUACACGACGACUACAUCGCGAUUCCUCUCAGCCGGCUCAACGUCUGCGCCACGCAGAUCUCCUUCUAGACAGAGCCUCAGCAUAAACUCUCGCCGCUCUUCAGCGUCUCUGCGCGGCUCGAGCCUUUCCCAGGCACUAGACGAUGACGCAGCGAACGGGAGACAUUCACUUGCGCAUGAACUGGCGGUAGCACUCAUGCCGGAGCCCAGUGCGGGCUCCAAGCUACUGGCGGAGGAGUUCGGCAUUGAAUAUGACGAGGGCGCGGAGGGUAUCGACGAGACUCCUGAGAGAGAUGUUGUGGCGGAUGCGCCGGGUGCGGCGCUGGCGGAUGAGUUCGACCCAGAUGCACCCGUGGUCCCGGAGCACGACUCACCAAUCGACCUGCAUGCAGACCCGAGCGUCGACCCCGUCUUCAGUAGCCCUGCGCCGCCUCCGAAACCAAGAAAACAGCCAGAGCAGGAUCCCAUGAUCAUCCUUGCUCGGGAUCUUGAAUACACGGAGAAGUUCCUCUCGCAGCUGCGCCGACUCGACUUAGACCACGGCGCUUCCGCGUCGCAGUCGACGCUGGAGAAGCUUGCGUCAGACGUCAUCCGGCGCAUUGACGAUUCCGCACGGGACAGGGAGGGGCAGGUGCGGGAGCUGCUGGAGUACGAGCGUGAGUUCAGGAAGAUUGCGGGUGAGGUCGGCGGAAACGACGCACUCGGUCAGUUGGAGGCGCUUGAAGACUUCAUUGGGGAGUCCUCAAGCGAAAGCGGAGCGUCGAGAGAUCUUGACUCUAUCCAUGAGGAGUCGUUGUCCGGCUCGACGCUGGCGAAUGAGUGGGACGCCGACCCUGAUCGGGAACGGCUCGGUGACGAAGAAGACGAGGAGUAUGAUUCCGCUUACUCCCCAACGCCGGUCAAGUCCACAUUUCCACCGCCACCGCCCAUAAACGGACCCGCGACACCAGCAACUACUAUCUCGCACCUCGCAUAUCUGCGCACAUUCACGUCGUCUGCAGUGGCGUCGCUCGCCGUAGUCUCAGAACAUACCCAGGUUAACACUGCAGCAACGACUGAGGCGGGACGGAAGAUUCGCGCGCUGAAGAACAAGUUGGGUGGGUGGCGGACAGAGUGGGACAGCGCGGAGCGCAGUCGGCUGAAGAUAGAGCGGUGGGAGGCGGGGAUUGACCUCGAUGGGCCGAGUUCGCCGUCACCAACGCAGAGGCCGCAUUCGCGGCGGCUAGACGGGCGCAAACUCGUGCAGGAGCAGCUGCAGGCUUUUGAGAAGGCGCUGAAUGAAGCAAACCUCAAGACGCAGGCGAUCAUGGCUGGAGCAUCAUAA